AUGGCCCACUCCAACCUUGACCACGACAUCCUCAACAACACGGCCUACCUAGACGACUUUGACUUCACUUCCGACUUCGACCUGUAUCCUGCCGCCGACAAUGUCAGUCUCGCUAAUCUACCCGAUCUCAACUUUUUUCCGGAAUACGACUUCAACCCUCAAUCUCCCACGCAGCCUACGCCCUGUUCUCCGACGCACAGAUUCCGCUGUAAAGAUUGUCCCGAGUCAUUCCGGCGCCGAUGUGAACUCAAUCGGCAUGUCCUCAAGCACACUAUGCCGUUCAAAUGUACACGAGGCUGUGGCGCCGCCUUCGCGGAGAAGAGACGAUGUAGCCAGCACGAGAAAGCGGCGCAUGGGUUGGCCACGGAGAAGGACCGAAAGAAGUGCCACUUGUGCGACUAUGCUUCCCUGCGUCCGGACGCUGUCAAGAGACACUACAAGCUAAAGCACGGGAUGGAGAUCAGUUUUAGAUCGAGAGGCUCACCGGCCACGACCGAGUCCUCGACUGGAUCUGAUGGCGGGAGUAUGGAUUCGAGAGAUUGA